AUGAAAUUCAACAUAGACAACCUGCCAGUGAUUUUCCCGUAUGAUAAAAUAUAUCCAGAGCAAUAUGCUUAUAUGGUAGAUUUGAAGAAGGCAAUUGACGCCGGGGGUCACUGUCUCCUGGAAAUGCCUUCGGGUACCGGAAAGACAGUGUCACUAUUGUCUUUAAUUGUGGCAUAUCAAAUGCAUUUCCCAGAAAAACGAAAAUUGGUUUAUUGCUCGCGAACAGUACCGGAAAUAGAGAAAGCCUUGGCAGAAUUACAAAAUCUCAUGAAUUAUCGUAAAUCUUGUGGACAAAACGAAAGAUUUUUGGGGAUCGGAUUGACUUCUCGAAAGAAUCUUUGUAUACAUCCGAAGGUUAGUCAGGAAAAAUGGGGUAAAGUGCUGGAUGCUAAGUGUAGAAAUCUUACCGCAUCCUGGGUGCGAGAGAAAGCAAAAGUAUAUACAAGAGAUGAGGUUCCGCUGUGCGACUUUUAUGAGCAACUAGAACAGACUGACUUAGCAGAAUUAUUGCCAGAUGGUGUGUAUACAUUAGAAGAUUUGCGGGAUUUUGGCAAAGAGAAUGAAUAUUGUCCUUAUUAUUUGUCAAGAAGAUUGAUUCCCUUCGCCAAUGUGGUGAUAUACAGUUAUCAUUAUUUGCUGGAUCCAAAAGUGGCCGAGUUGGUCUCAAAGGAAUUGUCGAAAGAUUGUAUAGUUGUAUUUGAUGAGGCACAUAAUAUAGACAAUGUAUGCAUUGAAUCGUUGAGUAUUGACCUAACGAAGCCAAAUUUGGACGCGAGUGCAAGGAGUAUAGCCGAACUCGCAAAAAAAGUUGAGGAAUUCAAAGAACGAGAUAAGGGCAAAUUGGAUGAAGAGUAUAAAAAAUUGGUGGAAGGAUUGAAGGCUGCCAGUCAAGCCCGUGACGAGGAUAUUUUCAUGGCGAAUCCCGUUUUGCCUGAUGAUUUGCUGAAAGAAGCAGUACCAGGAAACAUUCGUAAAGCAGAACAUUUUGUAACUUUUAUGCGGCGUUUCGUGGAGUAUCUUAAAACUAGAAUGCGAGCUCAACAUGUGGUGGCUGAGACACCUUUGUCAUUUCUUCAAAAUUGCAAGGAGGUAACUUACAUUGAACGAAAGCCUCUAAGCCAAAGGUUAACGUCUUUGGUUCGAACCUUGGAAUUAACCGAUCUAGAUGAAUAUUAUGCGUUACACAAAGUAGCGGCAUUUGCUACACUCGUUGCCACUUAUGAUACUGGGUUUUUGUUAAUCUUGGAGCCAUUUGAAAACGAUGUUAUACCUAAUCCCAUACUCCACCAUACAUGCCUUGAUGCAUCGAUAGCAAUUAGACCUAUCUUUCAAAGCCGUUCAAGAAAGUUACUCUAUGACUUUGACGAGGAAUUGUUUCCUGCCCUUGGUAUAAUUACAAGAGGCAGUGAUCAAGUCGCUAUAAGUUCAAAAUUUGAAGUCAGAAAUGAUCCGGCGGUAGUUCGUAAUUUUGGACAAAUCCUUGUAGAGUUUUCCAAAAUUGUGCCCGAUGGGAUAGUCGCGUUCUUUCCAAGUUAUUUAUAUAUGGAGUCGAUAGUUGCCAUGUGGAAUGAUAUGGGAAUUCUUAACGAAGCAUGGAAACAUAAGCUAAUAUUUGUUGAAACUCCAGAUGCCGCCGAAACGAGUUAUGCAUUAGAAAAUUAUAGAAAGGCUUGUGAUAAUGGCCGCGGAGCUGUGUUAUUAUCAGUCGCACGUGGUAAAGUAUCCGAGGGUGUAGAUUUCGAUCAUAACUAUGGUCGCGCAGUUAUCAUGUUUGGUGUUCCCUAUCAAUAUACGGAAAGCAGGAUAUUGAAGGCUAGACUGGAAUUUCUAAGGGAAACUUAUAAAAUUCGAGAGAACGAUUUUCUAACGUUUGAUGCGAUACGUCAUGCUGCCCAAUGUGUUGGAAGAGUACUGAGAGGAAAGACAGAUUACGGACUUAUGAUUUUCGCCGAUAAAAGGUUUGGUAGAGUAGAUAAACGUAACAAAUUACCAAAAUGGAUAAAUCAGUAUAUAACCGAGACUGCAACAAACUUGUCGACUGACAUGUCCUUAGUAAUAGCGAAAAAAUUUCUGCGGUCUAUGGCACAACCAUUCGAACAUGAUCAAAUGGGAAUUAGUUUAUGGUCACUAGAAAAUAUUGAAUCUAAGCAACGUGGAAAUGAUCGGAAUGGUGUUAACAAUGGAACUUCGAAUAUACGAAUGGAUAUUCAAUAA